CAAGAUGGCGGCUGUUUACCUGCAGCCUCCGUUGAACUUGCCCUUGUCCAACAUGGCCGUGGCAGUCCAAUUACUUCCGCCGGCAGCGACGUCCGUGUGCCCUCAGUGAAGAUGGCCGAGCGCAGCGCGGUGUGCUGGUGGAUGCAGUGAGGAUGUACCCCAAUGACACACAGCAUCAAGUUCCUAUGUACAGCUUGAAUAAUCAGCUCCAUACCUGGCUUCUCUUCAGAACUCACAGCUUUGGCAAUACUUCCAAUCUGACACUUUGUCAGAGGCACUGAGAAUGCCUCUCAGAAACUUCUGAGAGUUUUUCAGUGUUUUUUUUCCACAUAAACGGGGGUCAUAGGGCACUGCUGUUAUGUCUUGGGUACGAGUUGCAGUCAGCCAAUCCAAUGAAGAUAUAUUUGAUGAAGAUGCAGAUGAGAUGUAUCUACUACAGAAGGAAUGGAACAGCACUAUGAAAAAGAGAUUGAAGGAAGGCUAUAGGGAUGGAAUUGAGGCUGGGAAAGAGCUUGCUCUCCAGACAGGCUUUAAUCAAGGUUACAGACACGGUGCCGAGCUGAUGAUUACAUGUGGCCAGUUCAAAGGAACCCUGAAUGCUCUCUUAUCCUGGUGUCAUUUUAAUGGACACGAUUCUGCUUUAAGUACAAUAAAUAAUCUUCUUGAUGUGGUUGGAAAGCACGAAGAUGAUGUGCUUAAGUAUCUGAAUUCUACUGAAGAACAGCCACAUCUUGGACACAUUUUAGACUCAGUUCAGGACAUGGACCUUAAUCACACAGCUGGGACAGAGUACAAGGAAGUUAAAGAUGGAAAACACGAAGACUCUGGCAGCUCUGGUGAAAACAUUUGUAGGAAUAAUGGUGAGGUUGGUUCCUUGCAGUCUGAGUGCAGCAAGGAAAACCUCUGCACAGAUCCUGAAAACUCAACCCUUGCUUGGGUUAAAAAGCAGACUGUGUGGUUAGUAGAGCAACUGGGCUUAUCACUGGAUGUACUCCAUCAUGUCCAGCAACUGGAACAUUAGUUUUUCUGUCUCAUGGUACUUAAAACUAUCACAGGUGGUUUUGAUUCUUAGUUUGUGGGCCAUGUACAGGCUGAUGCAUUGCUUUUGUUUUAGGAAAAUCUGAUUUUGACACUUUACAGUAGAAGUUAUUUUUGUAAGUCUUCACCAUACUUUUGGCAAAUCCCUUCACUUUCAAUGUUGAAGGUAACAUUCACAGAAAGGGGCAGUGACUUUAAAGUUUUACAAAGUUAUAAACAUGUUUCUGUUUUGUAUCAGGAGCUCCCAUUUCACCCUCUUUUUUUUUCUUGGCAGUUUGGAAAUAAAGGAGGUCCAUUAAAUAGCCCCUCUAAAUUGGUCCCCUCCAAUAUCAGAAGAAUAAAUGCUCAGUGCUAUGGAAAUGGUCAGUGGUUUUGCAGAAUAAGCUGCUGUUGAUGGUACGCUGUGUGCAGAAUGAUACACUGAUACUGCUGUGUAUUUUGUCAGAAUUCUUUGUGUUAUCUUUUGUACCCAUGAUGCAAUGCACUUUCAUUGUUAAAAACUAUUUUCCGUCCUUAGGUAGUUGUACUUGUCACGUUUGCUGAAAACACACUAUUUUCCUCAAAUGCAGAAUUGCUGACAAUUCCAUUGUUUUACUUUUAGACAUCUAUUCUUACCAUGUCAGAUCACACUAAACAUGCUUCCAGUCUAACUAACCUUAUUUUUGUAUUUAUUUUGUCAGUCCCUCUAGCCUGAACGCUUUCCUAUAUUCCAAUAAUGCUUUUCUCAAGCUCCUCAAGGAAGCCAAGCUUAUUCACUACCUCUUAGAAAUACAUCAGCCACACAUGCCUAUUUCUGAUUAUUUCAUAUUUCUGUAACUAUUCUAUAUUUGACUUGCUUUCCUUUGCUUCCCUUAACUGUAGCUGUAAAGUGCUCUGUUCAGAAAGCUUUUUCUUUGUGAAUGCCUCUGUUUUACAUUAAUUAAACUGAUUUAUAGUAAGUUACCAGUUUACUUGUCAGAAGUUUCUUUUAACUCCUUCAUACUGGAGACAAAGGAAGUCUAGACAUAGCAAAGUAAGAUUUUGAACAGUCAACUACAAUUAAAACAAAAGCACAAAACCAUUUCAUACUUUGAGGCAAGAAAAAAUCUAAGGCAAAAAUUCUUUGUUUUUCAGACGCUGAGUUUACAACAUUCUUACUAAAGACUGUUUAUCCUGUCAGAGUUGACAGAGUGUAAGUUUGGUCUCCUUUCAGUGCCACUUCUGCUUUAGGGGUAAGCAGACCUGCAGUUUAGAGUCUUGCAUUGAAUGCAUUUAUGAAAUAGUGA